UUUGCCUGCCUAUUCUGACUAUAUUUUGAUUGUUUCCUACUGUAAGGGAAGGCAAUGAGUAUGGAAUAGUCACACAGAUUUUAGUCUUGUUUUCAUACAUCAAAAAACACACAACUCUGAUACCCUUCUUUCUGCUUAUACCUUACUCUUGCUAAAGGAGCACAAGCAAAAUCACAACAAAAAUAUGCUUCAAUACCCACCAAAAACACCGAUCACCCAUUUAUAGUCGUUACUCGACCACCCCUAUUUGAUCGGUGUUAGCGACCAACCACCAACUACACAACCGAAAUGUUUUUCUUUCUACUGUUGCUGGUACUGUUGUUUUCCGUACUACAGCUAACAACCACGACAUCCUCCUCUCCACCCAUCUCGAAGCCAAAUUGCCCUGAAAAAUGCGGUAACAUUACAAUUCCAUACCCAUUUGGAAUUGGAGAAAAUUGUUAUCACAAUCAGUAUUACAAAAUCAGUUGCAUUAAUCACACAAAACCAUUCCUGCAUAAGUACGAUCUGGAAGUAACGGAUAUAUACUGGGUUGGCAGGGAUCCUUACAGUUCCCUUUGGUCUGAUACUGAUUCAGGUUCACAAAUUCAAGUAUUAACAGUACAUUCUGCUGUUCAGAAUGUGUGCAACUCUAAUUCCAGCAUUAAUUUUAGAAAAAGCCCAUAUCGAUUUUCGAGUUCGUUCAAUGUUCUUGGGGUUAAUGGGUGUAAUGGAAGUGCAGUCUUGAGAAAUAAAAUCGGAGACGAAAUCUUAGCUGGAUGUGCAAACAUCUGUGGGAAAAAAGAUAGUGUAUCAGAAUAUUGCUAUGGAGAUGGAUGUUGUGUAGCCCCAUUAUCUAAAAGUGUUGUUUUUUAUGAGAUAAAAGUUGAUCAUGAAGUAAAUUCUACAAAUUGUAUGAGAGUUGGAUUAAUGUAUAAAGAAAUAUUGUUGGAUGAUUUUAUUGAUGAUGGAGCAGUUCCUGUAAUACUAGAAUGGGAGGCACCAUCUUCAUUACUAGUACCUAAUUACAAGGAUCAGAGUGUAUUAUGUGAUGAUUAUGAACAUACCUGUUCUUGUGGCAAUAUGUUUGAAGGAAACCCAUAUCUUCCCAAUGGAUGCCAUGUUCUGAAGGAGUGUAGAAAGUGCAGACACGGUUGUGAUUAUUUCGAUCCUGUAUUCAAACAAGUUCACUGCAAAAGGAAUCCACUGUUCAAGUUGGGAUCAGUACUUGGAUUUAGCUUAGGUAUUGGCUUAGUGGUAUUACUCCUAGGGAGUUAUUGGCUCUACAGAGUGUUAAAAAAGAAGAAAGAAGUUAAGCGCAGAUCUGAGUACUAUAAGAGGAAUGGUGGAUUAUUAUUACAACAACAAAUAGGUUAUAGUGAGGGUGCUACCGAGAGAUCAAAAGUUUUUCCGAUCACAGAGUUAGAGAAGGCGACCGACAACUUCAACAAAAACCGAAUCCUUGGGCAAGGUGGCCAAGGCACAGUUUAUAAGGGGAUGUUAAAGGAUGGUCGAAUAGUUGCCAUUAAGAAGUCUAAAAAAGUAGAUGAGAAUCAGUUAGAACAAUUUAUCAAUGAAGUUGUUAUUCUGACUCAAAUUAAUCAUCGAAACGUAGUGAAAUUAUUAGGGUGUUGUUUAGAGACAGAAGUUCCUCUGCUUGUGUACGAGUUUAUUCAGAAUGGCACACUUUAUGAGCAUAUUCAUAGCGGAAGUGAAGAUUUUCAUAUUACUUGGGAAAUGCGUUUACAAAUGGCAGCGGAAUCAGCUGAUGCUAUAGCGUACUUGCAUUCAUAUUCAUCUGCUCCUAUAUAUCAUAGAGAUAUUAAGUCCGCAAAUAUACUUUUAGACGAUAAAUUUAAAGCAAAAGUUUCGGAUUUUGGGACUUCAAAAGCCAUCGACAUUGAGGAAACUCAUGUGACAACUCUCGUGUUGGGAACUUAUGGUUAUCUAGAUCCGGAGUACUUUCAAUCAAAUCAAUUUAGUGAGAAAAGCGAUGUUUACAGUUUUGGCGUAGUCCUUGUUGAGCUCAUUACCGGCAAGAAACCAUUAUGCCCAACUAAAGACGGAGGAUGGAUAAGUUUAGCAGUUGAAUUUCUAUUCCACAUGGAAAACUCUCGUCUAAAUGACAUUUUGGAUGUUCGAGUUUCAGAUGAGGGAAAGGAAGAAGAGUUUGUAGCGGUUGCUAAGCUUGCACAUCGAUGUUUGAACAUGGACGAUAAACAAAGGCCGACAAUGAGAGAAAUCGCGAAGGUGCUAGAUGAGAUCAGAUCGUCCCAUUUGUUACAUUCGACCGAACCAAAUUCUAUGGUUGACAAUGACAAGAGGGUGAUGAUGGAAAUGAGGGAUAAGGAUAAUAAACCUUCCUCAAGUUAUACAAGCAUGUUCUUUUCAGAAUAUGCUCCGAGUACUAACUCCAUUGAGCUAUCAACCAUUUAGUCGCAGGUUUUUCUAGUUUUCUAGGCAUGUUGGUGCUCAACCCCAUAGGGCCUAUAAAAUAAGAGGUCUUAAUUAUUAAUUAAUAUUAACUUUACUUAUUUUUAUUAGUACUUUUUUAGUCUUGUAUUUUUUAAAAUUAAAUUAGACAUUAAUAAAUAGUAAUUGUAUAUUUUUAGCGCACCCCAGGAUUCAUGAUCUUUAAUGCUAGUGCUCAUUCGACUCAUCAGGUCAAUUGUGAAUUAGGUGUUUCGAGUUGGUUCAAAAUCAAAUCUUGUGUUUAUGUUGGUUCUAAAUAAUUGUGAAUUUAUUUUUAAAUUUGAGACAUUAGAUCUGUUUUGAACACCUUUGAUCAUGAAUAUGAUAUAUUGUCAUGAAUAUAUGAAACUUUGUAAUGAAUUUUUUUGCGAGUAAUUUGAACGUUUCAAAGUUUGUAGUAAAUUGAAUUAUCAUUGGUAAAACAAACAUCUCUAAUUUAGUUUCCCUAAUUACCCAAGUCUUAAAUAAUCUAACAUGCAACUCUCAAACUUUCACUAUUAAUUACACUCUUAACAUUACUUUUUCACCUUCUGAGUUCUUGUUCAUUCAUUCAUCCUCGAUAAAUAACAAAAACCCAUCUUAUUGUUCUAGUCACA